UCAAUUCCAUACAUGUUCCAUCUUUAAACCUUAACGACCAAUCGGGAACGGCAAGGCAUUUUCGGAAACGGAACACUAAACGGACAAUACUGAUACUCCUCAGUGCCAAAUUUAUCGGGGCAAAAAAACAACGCGUUAAGGGUGUGUUAUAGUCAACAUGUGUACCCAUAUACACAGGUACGACGUGAGGAUUACUUUUGCAUCACUGGUGCUCACUGCGGGAAUCUCCGGAUUACUGAGUUUUGCUCUGCUGGCAGCUGCGAUAGGAAGCGAGUAUUGGUACAUCAUAGAGAUUUCUCCAUUAAACCAGAGCGGCUUUGAGGACAUGAAUUCACACUCUGGACUGUGGAGAAGCAACGAAGGAGGGAAGGUGUACAGCUUCACAGCCGACUACCCCAUCUAUACAGAAUCAGAGCUGUACAUACUCAACCUGCACAGUGUGAUAGUGGUGCUGCUUCCUCUCAGUCUGGUCCUGCUGGUGUUUGGCGGGAUAUGUGGACUGGUGAGCUCGCUGGCUCAGAGCCCGGUCCUCCUCGUUUGCACCGCCACGUACUUCUUCACCUGCAGCCUGCUGACCCUGAGCGGGAUGGUCCUGUACAUCACCUACUCUUACCUGGCGCUGGCCGAGACAGAGAGGCUUCUGGGACCCGAGGGUCUGGUCGGGGUCAGCACCUCCUUCGGUUGGUCCACAGUUCUGGCCUGGCUCUCCUACGGCCUGGAGGUCCUCUCCGGUCUACUGCUGCUCACAGCGGCUCAUAAAGUCAAACAGGACCGGCCCAUGGUUCCCUAGCUAAAGGAAGGAGAACCUGCUCUUGUGACGGAUCGUGUGUGGGAAAGGCCUUGGAGCGUCAUGUCCGCUGGUCGCCAUGGUCUCUGGACGCUAGUUCAGCAAGUUAUUUCCCUCUGGGCGUGCAGGACUGUGUUGGAUUGAAUUAGAAUGAGAACAUAUCUCGUUUGGAAUGAAUAAAUGCUUAACUACAUAGAUAAAUAAACAUGAUUAAUUAUCUUCAAAAAAGAACAAUCUACAAACAUAACAACUGAGGAUGUGUUGUUGUGGCUUCUCAACAUGGUCUGAGGUAAAACACCACAAUGUCACUCCCUUGUGGGUAGAAUCGGAAAUGCAUUUCAUUUACAUUUUUGUUGGAAUAUAUUCAUUACGGAACAACGAUACGGCUUGCUUAUAGUUAUUUAACUAUUGUUAUUUUUGCAUUCUUUUUUUUAUCCAUCUCAAUGUUGUUUACUUUGCGCAAAUGUUUACUUCUAAGCUGUUCCUGUUUCCUAUGUUUAGGAUAUGC